AAUCACACCACCUAUUCUGAGUGACAGAGCAAGACUCCAUCUCAAAAAUUAUAAAUAAAACAAAAGAGGUCCCCAAAAUUAGGCUUCCUUAAAACUGUGUUUUCUGAUCACACUGUCCUGACUCUUUUUUUCUGUCAUUGGCUGGAUAUGACUUAAGUUCCUAUUGCUCUCUGUCAUCCAGUCCUUACUCAAGUUGUCCUAUUUGUGUAACUGGCUUCAAUACCUCAUGUCUCUCCAGGCUAGUUCAGGGAUUCUUCUGAGCUGUUCAAGAAUAGGGUUGUAGAACCACUUUGGCUAAGUUAGGAAGGAGAACUAGAGUGGACUCAGCUGUCUGGCUUUUCUCAGCGCCCAGUGUAUGGCCUGCUCUGGGGUUACAUUUUUAUCUCCUUUCCUGACCGGCAUAGUUGAUGUGAAGGUCAGGGGCAGGUAAUGUUUCACAAGCAACGGGUAAGGGAGUCCUAAGUUCUGGGUUUGGAAACUGGUAGAAUGAUUAGCUAUCAUGAGGAUCACUCUUUCCUUUUGAACUCCCUCACCAUAGUGUCCGCCUGACUGCAAGUUCGUUAAUUCUGUUGGCUGUGAUGUUGGGUUUGAUCAAUGAGGAAGAUUAAUAGACUCAUGAGUUCCUUCUUAUCUGAUAUUUCAUUUGAGCAUGGGACUUCUGGGGCUUUCUGAAAUAAAGCCCCCAAAAGGGGCUUCCUCACAGAAAGAUCAGAGCUGUUGCUUGCUGGCCAACUGCUCAGUCACAGGCUAGGAACUCCUUUCAGAGCAGGCCUGUUUUUAGCCUUCUAGGAUGUUUAGCCUCUUGUUGAUGGGAAAUUAGCUCCCUUCUAGCAUUUGCAUAUACUGCUCCAUCUCUGAGCUUUGCUUAUCGAGGAGAAUUUGGACAUUCAUUUGGGUGUCUAAGAAAGGGAAAGGGAACAAGCUGUGAAUAGGCCUCAGCUUGUGUUCUCCUACAGUAGCCUUUUUUUUUUUUUUUUUUUUUUUUUUAGAACAGAUUAGCCAGUAAGCAGGAGGUAAGAGAUGGGAUGGGGAGGAGAAUGGAUUAAUGACAGUUUCAGAGAGAAGAGUAACCCACUGAUUUCUCUCUUACAGGUAGGCGUGCCAGAGGUUGAACUUUACUGACCUUUGAUGUGAGGCACUCAGCCAGGGCCAAGGGGAGAGCCUGGCAAGAUUUGCAGCCUGAAGCCAUGGGCCAGGGGGCCAUGGUGACCUGAGACUAGUGGUUUCUGUAUAGUGGCCCUCUGCUUCCCCCUCUACCUCCUUUACCCUAUACUAAGGUGACUCGUUGCCACCUCUUAAGGAAACGGCCCCUAAGGGAAUCCCUUGCCCCUAUUUUCCUGUCCUUCUAGCCUUCCAAGACAGUCCUAGCCUAUAGAACUCCUACCUCCCAUCCCCUAAGGGGGUCCCCAUUCCCCCCUUUUUUCGUCCCCCCCGCCAUGCUCCAGUUGUGGAAGGUGGUACGCCCAGCUCGGCAGCUGGAACUGCACCGCCUCAUACUGCUGCUGAUCGCUUUCAGCCUGGGCUCCAUGGGCUUCCUGGCUUACUAUGUGUCCACCAGCCCUAAGGCCAAGGAACCUUUGCCCCUGCCUUUGGGAGACUGCAGCAGCAGUGGGGCAGCUGGUCCUGGCCCUGCACGGCCUCCAGUUCCACCUCGGCCCCCUAGGCCUCCAGAGACAGCUCGAACUGAACCCGUGGUCCUUGUGUUUGUGGAAAGUGCAUACUCACAGCUGGGGCAGGAAAUUGUGGCCAUCCUGGAGUCUAGUCGUUUUCGGUAUAGCACUGAGCUGGCACCUGGCCGAGGGGACAUGCCCACAUUGACUGAUAAUACCCAUGGCCGCUAUGUCUUGGUCAUUUAUGAGAACCUGCUCAAGUAUGUCAACCUGGAUGCCUGGAGUCGGGAACUGUUAGACCGGUACUGUGUGGAGUAUGGUGUGGGCAUCAUUGGCUUUUUCCGAGCCCAUGAACACAGCCUACUGAGUGCCCAGCUCAAGGGCUUUCCCCUUUUUUUACACUCAAACUUGGGGCUCCGGGACUACCAAGUGAAUCCUUCUGCACCCCUACUGCAUCUCACACGCCCCAGCCGCCUAGAACCAGGCCCACUGCCUGGUGAUGACUGGACCAUCUUCCAAUCCAAUCACAGUACAUAUGAACCAGUGCUUCUUGCCAGCCUUCGGCCAGCUGAGCCCCUGGUGCCAGGACCGGUUCCUCGUCGGGCCCGGCUUCCCACUGUGGUACAGGACCUGGGGCUUCAUGAUGGCAUCCAGCGGGUGCUCUUUGGCCACGGCCUUUCCUUCUGGCUCCACAAACUUAUCUUCGUCGAUGCUGUUGCAUACCUCACUGGCAAGCGCCUCUGCCUGGACCUUGACCGCUACAUCUUGGUAGACAUUGAUGACAUCUUUGUGGGCAAGGAAGGGACCCGCAUGAAGGUGGCUGAUGUUGAGGCUCUGUUGACCACCCAGAACAAACUCAGGACCUUAGUCCCCAACUUCACCUUCAACUUGGGCUUCUCGGGCAAGUUCUAUCAUACUGGGACAGAGGAGGAGGAUGCAGGGGACGACAUGCUGCUGAAGCACCGCAGAGAGUUCUGGUGGUUCCCCCACAUGUGGAGCCACAUGCAGCCACACCUGUUCCACAAUCGCUCCGUGCUGGCUGACCAGAUGAGGCUCAACAAACAGUUUGCUCUGGAGCAUGGGAUUCCCACGGAUCUGGGGUAUGCUGUGGCCCCCCACCACUCGGGCGUGUACCCCAUCCACACACAGCUCUAUGAGGCCUGGAAAUCUGUGUGGGGCAUCCAGGUGACCAGCACUGAGGAGUAUCCCCAUCUCCGCCCUGCCCGCUACCGCCGUGGCUUCAUUCACAAUGGCAUUAUGGUGCUUCCCCGGCAGACAUGUGGCCUCUUCACUCACACAAUCUUCUAUAAUGAGUAUCCUGGAGGCUCUCGUGAACUAGACCGAAGCAUCCGAGGUGGAGAGCUCUUUCUAACAGUGCUGCUUAAUCCGAUCAGCAUCUUUAUGACCCAUUUGUCCAAUUACGGAAAUGACCGGCUGGGCCUGUACACCUUUGAGAGCUUGGUGCGCUUCCUUCAGUGUUGGACACGGCUGCGCCUACAGACUCUUCCUCCUGUCCCACUUGCACAGAAGUACUUUGAACUUUUCCCUCAGGAGCGAAGCCCCCUUUGGCAGAAUCCCUGUGAUGACAAGAGGCACAAAGAUAUCUGGUCCAAGGAGAAAACCUGUGAUCGGCUCCCAAAGUUCCUCAUUGUGGGACCCCAGAAAACAGGGACUACGGCUAUUCACUUCUUCCUGAGCCUGCACCCAGCUGUAACUAGCAGCUUCCCUAGCCCCAGUACAUUUGAGGAGAUUCAGUUCUUCAACGGCCCUAAUUACCACAAGGGUAUUGACUGGUACAUGGAUUUCUUCCCUGUCCCUUCCAAUGCCAGCACUGAUUUCCUAUUUGAAAAAAGUGCCACCUAUUUUGAUUCAGAGGUUGUGCCACGGCGUGGGGCUGCCCUCCUGCCACGAGCCAAGAUCAUCACUGUGCUCACCAACCCUGCUGACAGGGCCUAUUCCUGGUACCAGCAUCAACGAGCCCAUGGAGACCCAGUUGCUCUGAAUUAUACCUUCUAUCAGGUGAUUUCAGCCUCCUCCCAGACCCCUCUGGCACUGCGCUCCCUGCAGAACCGCUGUCUUGUCCCUGGCUACUAUUCUACCCAUCUACAACGCUGGCUGACUUACUACCCCUCUGGACAGUUGCUGAUUGUGGAUGGGCAAGAGCUGCGUACCAACCCAGCAGCCUCAAUGGAGAGCAUCCAGAAGUUCCUGGGUAUCACACCCUUUCUGAACUACACACGGACCCUCAGGUUUGAUGACGAUAAGGGAUUUUGGUGCCAGGGACUUGAAGGUGGUAAGACUCGCUGUCUAGGCCGGAGCAAAGGCCGGAGGUACCCAGAUAUGGACGCUGAGUCCCGUCUUUUCCUUACGGAAUUUUUCCGGAACCAUAAUUUGGAGCUGUCGAAGCUGCUGAGCCGGCUUGGACAGCCAGUGCCCUCAUGGCUUCGGGAAGAACUGCAGCAUUCCAGUCUGGGCUGAUGUCCCAGCCUCCUGUACCAGCAAAAUACCCCCUGCUUCCCUAUGGGGCAAGCCCAGACCAGGGCCCACAAGGGGGAUUAGAGUGGCCUGGCCCCUCCCUGUCUACCUCAGUAGCCCCCAGGCCUGAGAUGGCUUAGAAGGGAAGGGUAUGCUUUUCCCAUAGUUCUUGGGCCUAAUAAAGGGGCUUCCUCUGGUACCCUACAUCAUGGUACUAGGUACCUUUGACCUAUCAUCUUGGGAGGUGGGUAGGAGUAAAAGGGUCCAGGCAGGGUGUGGAGGAAUAUAUUAGUCCAAUGAGAUUUCCCUCUUCAUCCACAGCAGUGUAUCUAUACCUGGCUAUGGGAGGGACCCUUUGCUAUGGCCCCUUUAGUCAGGCAGUGGGAUCUACCUGUGGCCCGGCCUCCCUAAUGUCAUUCACAUUGAAUGGGGAUGAGGUCGGAGAGUGGCUCAUAGAGCUAAGUGAGUCCUAGCUGUGGGCUAGAAAUGUCCUUAAUAAACAUCCUUAUUUUUCUGUUU